AUGCACAGUGGAAACCAGACUUCUGUGUCCCAUUUCAUUUUGGUGGGCCUGCACCACCCGCCACAGCUGGGGGUGCCACUCUUCCUGGCUUUCCUUGUCAUCUAUGCCCUCACUGUCUCUGGCAAUGGGCUCAUCAUCCUCACCGUCUUGGUGGACACCCGGCUCCACCGCCCCAUGUACUGGUUCCUGUGUCACCUCUCUUUCUUGGACAUGACCAUUUCUUCUGCCAUUGUCCCCAAGAUGCUAGCUGGCUUUCUCCAGGAUAGCAGGGUUAUCUCCUUUGGAGGCUGUGUAAUCCAACUUUUUUCUUUCCAUUUCCUGGGCUGUACUGAAUGCUUCCUUUACACACUUAUGGCUUAUGAUCGUUUCCUGGCCAUUUGUAAGCCUUUACAUUAUGCCACUAUUAUGACCCGUAACAUCUGUAACUUCCUGGCUUUGGGUACCUGGCUGGGAGGCACCCUCCACUCACUUUUCCAAACCAGCUUCAUAUUCCGCCUGCCUUUCUGUGGCCCAAACCGAGUAGACUACUUCUUCUGUGACAUUCCUGCCAUGCUGCGUCUAGCCUGUGCUGACACCACCAUCAAUGAGCUGGUCACCUUUGUAGAUAUUGGAUUUCUGGCCCUCACCUGCUUUAUGCUUAUCCUUACUUCCUAUGGUUAUAUAGUGGCUGCCAUUCUGCGAAUCCAGUCAGUUGAUGGGCGUCGCAAUGCCUUCUCCACCUGUGCUGCCCACCUGACCGUUGUCAUUGUUUACUAUGUGCCCUGCACCUUCAUUUACCUCCGUCCUGGCUCUCAGGAACCUCUGGAUGGAGUGGUUGCUGUCUUCUACACUGUCAUCACUCCCUUGCUUAACCCCAUCAUCUACACACUCCGCAACAAAGAGAUGAAAGCAGCACUGUGGAGGCUGGGAGGCCGCAAGGAUGUGCAGCCUCACUGA